AUGGAAGAAAAGGAAGCAGAUACAAUAGUAGAUAACAUAGGAUAUAAGAUAGGAGAUAAAAAAGAAGAUAAAAUUAAAGGUGAAAAGAAUGUUAAUGUUAAAAUGGGAGAUAUAAUGAGAAAGCAAAAAACAUCACCAUUAAUUGACCAGAAUGAUGGAAAUAUGGAUAAUAAAUAUUACAGUAAAAUAAAUUCCAGUGAUGAAAAAAUAGAAAAGAGAAAAAGUUUUUCUAAAGAUAUAAUAGCUAGUUUAGACGAAAACAUAUAUAAACAUGAUGCUUAUACAAAUACAAAUAUAAAAGACGAGGUUUUUUUUUCUGAUGAAAAAAGGAAAAAUGAUCGCUCAGGGUACAACGAAAGGAAGGUUGCUAGUAGUUCAUCAGAUCACAUUGAAGACAAGAAAAUUGUAUAUAAUGAAAAACAGAAGAGUAAGACAUUUUUUGUAAAUAAGUUGAGUAACAGUAAUAGGUCAAAUUAUGCUAACAAUAGCGACAAAAAUAAUCGCAUUAAUUGCAGUACUUUAAAUGACUAUAAAAAAAAGUCCGAUGAAAAAAGUUUAGAGGGGGGGAAAAAGGGAAACUACUCAAUCAGUAGAAGUGAGAAGGAAGAAAAAUAUAAUAAAAAAAGGAAUUCAAGUCAAACUAACGCAAAGGAUAAUCAUAAGGGUAAGGGGGAACAUAAAGAAGAAGGCCAUGAAGAAAGGCAUGGAGAAGGCCAUGAAGAAAGGCAUGGAGAAGGCCAUGAAGAAGACCAUGAAGAAGACCAUGAAGAAGACCAUGAAGAAGACCAUGAAGAAGACCAUGAAGAAGACCAUGAAGAAGACCAAGAAGAAGAUCAGGAAGAAGAUUACCACUAUCAGGAUAAACAGUGUAAGGAAAAAAAGAAAAAGAACAGUUCACGUAAGGAUAAUAUUCGGGAUAGAGUGUACGAAUACAGUCAUAAUGUUAUAUACCACGAAUUGUACAUUGAGUUACUGCAUGAAAAUAAAAGUCUACAGAACGAAAUAAAAAAUUUGAAAAAAAUUAUUGAAAUGCAAAAAAUUUUAAUUAAAAGCAAGGAGGAAGUAUUUGAGGAUCAUAUGAAUGUUAAAAACAAAAUGGCUAAUAAAAAAUUUGUUAAUAAUAAUUAUUUUUUGAACUUUUUUAAUAAAAAGAAGAAAAAAAGCAAGGAUAGCUUUCCCCCUACAGCAACUGCGACCGACGCAGCUGAUACUACUGUGAUUGUUACUUCCAAAGCUCCCGCUAAUUCUUCUGCUAAUUAUAUCAAUAUUUAUAAUGAGGAAGGGGAAGACGACAGAAGGGUAAGUGAAAAAGGAACAAAUCUUUCGAAAGAACAUUCAUAUGAACAAAACUACUAUUUAGAAUGUGAAAAAAUAUACAGUGAUGAAAUAGGAAAUUCUGAUGUGGAUAUGAACACUGUGGAUGAUGAAAAAAGUUAUAAUAAGAAAAACAUAUAUAAAAAAUUACCGUUAAGUGAAAAUGAAUAUUCAGAUAUGUCUGAUAAGGAUAACAUUUUGGUUUAUUCGACAAAGAAAGAUACUUAUAGUAAAAAGGAUGAUUCAGAUCUACAAGAUAAUAAAAGAGAAAAUGUCAAUAAUUUAAAAGAAAAGAAAAAAAAAAAAAAAGAAAAAAAAAAAGAGAAUUUUAGUCAUUUAAAUGAGGAGAAUGAAAAAGAGUUUAUUGAUAACAGUAUGAUAAAUCUUCAUGAAAUAACCUCUCUCACAUUUUGGUAUGAAGAGAUAUUACCUUUAAUUAAUAAUGAAAAAAAAAAAAAUAUAUUAAUCGAUCUAAUGAUUAGUAAUUACAUGCCAAGUGUCUUAAAAGGUUAUUUUUGGGAAAUGAAUAUAAAUAACAAAUUAAAUUUAACUGAAUAUUUUGUUCAAAUAUUAAUUAAAAAUACAAAUUUUAUACAGUCCUAUAUAUAUACGAAUAAUAAGCAAUACCAUAAUCACGUUUCGAGAUAUUUCAAGUCUUUAAUUUCGUUGAGAAAUAGCAGCUUAAAUGUUAUGGAAUCCAAUACGAAGGAGGGGCAUAAGAGUUAUUCGACCAUAAAAACUUACGACACCUAUAAAAAAGAAGCAUGUGAAUAUGAUAAGGAGGACAUGAAAAAUAAGUCUACUGAUGGAGAAGAACAGAUGGAAGAGGAAAAAUGUGAAGAGAAACAUUUGGAUAGGAGUGAGGAAAAGUGUAAUGAACGAUAUGGUGAGGAUAAUACCGUGCAAAAUAAGGAAGAAGAAAUAUCAAAUUCGAGCAUAAAUCUGCUUCACCGAUUUUCAGUACAGAAGUUUUUUUAUCAAAUUUUAAUAGAUUUAGAUAGAACAAUGUAUAUAAUAAAAAAAAAUCAAGAAUAUUUUAAAAGAUAUAACGUCAACACUGAUAAGUUUCUGCUCACACUUAACAUGUCAGACACGAAGACGAAGUUGAACACCUUACUACAGAUGUACGUGCUUUUUAAGCCGGAGUUGGGUUAUGUACAGGGUAUGUCUUACAUCGCUUUGGUAUUCUUAUUAUAUUGUAACUUAGAGAAAGCCUUUGUCCAUUUUGCAAACUUUAUGGAGCGGAAGGCCAUAUACAACUUGUACAGUUUUAACAAGGAAGAAAUAAAAGUAUACAUCUACACUGUUAAGGAGAUUUUAUCAAAGCGGAAUAUUGAAAUAUACAAGGAGAUUAUUAAACAAUAUAACAUUGAUAAUAUUUUUAUUCAGUGGUUUUAUACUGUCUUUUUAACGUGUUUACCUUUCCACAUAUUCAUUCGCGUAUUUGACAUAUACACAUUUAAUGACAAAAUUGUGUAUGAGACAAUAAUAUGCAUAUUUAUGUAUUUUAACAAAUUCCAUCAUAUGGAAAAUGUGGAUAUGGUUAUAAAAAAUUUAUCCUCCUUUUCAUUCAAUACACAUAUUCAGGAAGACAAAUUCUGGAACAUGUUAAAAAAAAUAAAAAUAAAGAAAAGAAAGAUCCAGUAUUAUAGGGAAAAGUAUUUCAGUAAAGCUAACAGAGAUGAUAUAAACGAAAGAUAA